CUUUCGUGAUUCAGAUGGAGCAGCAGCGGCCAUUACUGUCGAGGACCGCAUCACUGAGUGACUCGUGCCCGGAGAAGAAGGGAUGUCUUUCGUCCAUGCUGUUCACGUGGAUGAAUCCCCUCAUGGACCUCGGCAACCGCCGACCGCUCGAGAUGGACGACUUGUUCCAACUCAACCCGGACUUGCGCGCCGACGCUGCCUCCGCGCGAUUCUCGGCAUGCUGGGACAUGGAGCUCCGGAAGGCUUCACCCAGCCUGGCGUCAGCUCUCUUCCGUGCAUUUGGGGCGAAAUUCGUCGCCGCAGGAGUCCUGCGCUUCGUACGCGAUGCCCUCCAGUUCAUCGGACCGUUCGUGCUGCAACGUGUGAUUGCCUUCCUCCUCACACCAGACGCCGCCCUUUCCGACGGAUUGGUAUACGUAGCGCUCAUCUUUGUGGGCGGGAUCUUCCAAUCGUUUUGCUUUCGCAACUACAUGUACUUUGUGUUUGAGACGGGCUUGCUCUUCCGCUCCGCCAUUGUCACUGCAGUCUACCGCAAAAGCCUCGUGCUCUCUGCGGGGGCCAUGGCCGGUCGUUCCGUAGGCGAGAUUACAAACCUCAUGUCGAUUGACGCCCAGCGACUCCAGGACCUCCUGGGGCAUCUCCAUGCUAUCUGGUAUGGCCCAUUCCUCAUUAUCACGUCGUGCGUUUUGCUGUACCUUCAAGUGGGUCCAGCUGCUUUUGCAGGCAUUGCCGUGAUUUUGGUGGUGACCCCCGUGACCAUUUGCAUCACUCGCGUGAUGCGGACUCUGCAGAAACAGCUCAUGCAAGUCAAGGACAGCCGGGUCAAAAUGUGCUAUGAAGUCCUCGGCGGCAUCAAAGUGCUCAAGUUGCAAGCGUGGGAAACCAAUUUCGCCGCUCGAGUGGCCGCUUUUCGCACGGACGAGCUGCGACAGCUGACGUCGUACCUCUUGGCCCGCACUGCGUCGACGUCACUAUUCAACGGGGUGCCGUCAUUAGUGACCAUCGCAACCUUCACCACAUAUGUAGUACUCGGGCACUCGAUGGACACGUCCACAGCGUUAACGUCUCUGUCACUCUUCGCCAUCAUGCGAUUUCCGCUCUUCGUGCUGCCCACUGUGAUCAACGCCAUCGUCGAAGCCUCUGUGAGUUUUCAGCGCCUUCAGGCAUUUCUUCUGGAGGCCGAACGCACUCCGGUGGGGUCUGGAGCCCUGGAAGCCACUGGUAUCCUCUUGGAGCGGGCGGCUUUCUCAUGGGAACAACCGGUUUUGCCCAAACGCCGUGCCUCGGCCUUGGACGACACAGUGUCCGACGUGUCGUUUCAAAUGCAAACCCAAGGCAUUUGCGCCGUGGUGGGGGGCGUGGGCAGUGGCAAGUCGACGCUUUUGUCUGGGCUUUUGGGCGACGCGCCGUGCACCAAAGGGACCGUGUCGAUGCGGGGGUCGGUGGCUUAUGUUUCCCAACAGCCGUUCAUUCAAAACGCCACCUUGCGAGACAACAUUUGCUUUGGCUUGCCAUAUGAAUACGGACGCUACACCGCUGCUGUCGGGGUGUGCUGCCUCGAAGCGGACCUCCGGGUGUUGCCCGGGGGAGACCUCACUGAAAUCGGCGAGCGGGGCAUCAACUUAAGCGGUGGACAGCGCACGCGCGUGGCCCUCGCUCGAGCGGUCUAUCAGGACGCCGACAUUUACCUCCUCGACGACGUGCUGGCUGCUGUGGAUGCUCACGUUGGAGCCACGAUAUUCCGCGAGUGCAUUCGCGGUUUCUUGGGCGGUAAACUCGUUGUGAUGGUGACCAACAACCUCCAAGUGCUUCCCCAAUGCGACUCGGUGUUGGUACUCAGUCAAGGCCGCGUCGUCGAACACGACUCGUUCGCCCAUCUCGUUCAAAUGCCGGAGGGCUAUUUGGCAGGUAUGGUGGCGAAUUUCAAGGAAUCCGACGCGCCAGAAUCCCAGACCGAGGAUAACGAACCCAACGACGAUGAAUUUGGGACGACUCCAGGCCACGCCUUGGUGAGAGUCCCGUCGAGCGAGGUGGCUGACAAGGCGUGUUCACUGAUGUCUGGCGAAGAUCGGUCCACGGGGGACGUCCCCUGGUCCGUGUUUGAAAACUGGAUUCAAUCAUGUGGGGGCCCCUAUGUGGCCGCUCGGGUGCUCGCUGUGUUCGUGCUCGCUCAAGCCACGAACGUCGCUGCCACGUUGUGGCUCAGCUAUUGGUCCGACCAAGACCAGCGGUUGGAUGUCCGUAGCCACCGCCAAGCACUGUUUGUGUUUAUCGGUCUCAACUUUGCAUUUGCACUCCUCAUUUACCUCCGCGUGCUGGGCUUGUACCUCGCGGGGCUGCAGGCCAGUCGCGCGCUGUUUUCCGCCAUGUUUACCCAGGUGCUCCGAGCGCCCAUGCACUUCUUCGACACGACCCCCCUGGGCCGCAUCAUCAACCGGAUGUCCAAAGAUAUGUACGCCGUGGACGAAGACAUCCCAAGCACGUGGGUCAACGUCCUCUCCACCCUCUGCAGCGUGGCGGCCACUCUGGCCACGAUCGUCGUCGUGACUCCGUGGUUCGUCACGGCGCUGGUGCCCCUCGUGUGCUUCUAUGCCGCGUCGCAGCGCUUCUUUGUCAAGACCUCCCGCGAACUGCAGCGCCUCGAGUCCAUCUCGCGGUCGCCCAUCUACGCGCUGACCGCAGAAACCCUCGACGGCCUCCCCACCAUCCGCGCCUACAAAGUCGAAAGGUCGUUUCAGAAACGAUACAUGGACCUCCUGGACUGCAACCAGCGCGCGUAUUUCUUGAAUUUCUCGGCCAACUGCUGGCUCGGGCUACGCCUCGAAGUGUCUGGAGCGUUGGUGGCGUCCUUUGCCACGCUGUUUGUCGUGCUGAACCACAGCCACACGUCCGCUGCGUUUGCAGGUCUAGCUGGCGUGUCACUGACGUACGCCUUCAGCGUCACGCCAGCCCUCAACAUGUCGGUGAGGUACUUGAGCCAGCUGCAGACCCAGAUGGUCAGCGUCGAGCGCGUUCAAGCUUAUGCUGCCAUGCCGACCGAGCGUCCUCUGCGGAGCCUCGUGCCGCCGCCGCCACAGUGGCCCCAGCACGGUCGGAUUGUGUUUGAAUCCGUAGAUCUGCGAUAUCGCGUUGGCAUGCCUCGCGUCCUGCGCAAUCUGUCUUGCACGAUCCAAGGUGGGGAAAAGGUCGGUGUCGUGGGACGGACGGGGGCCGGCAAGUCGAGUUUGGUCGUGGCGCUCAUGCGACUGGCCGAAGUCCACGGCGGCCGCAUCACGCUGGACGACGUGGACAUUUCCGCCAUUGGGCUGCACGACCUAAGGGAGAAAAUCUCCAUCAUCCCGCAGGACCCGGUGCUCUUUUCCGGCACGUUGAGGUCCAACGUGGAUCCGUUUCACAUGUACAAUGACGAGGCGCUGUGGGCGGCACUCAAGCGCGUCCAGAUGCCGGCCUCGAGCCUCGACGAUGUUGUGGACGGAGGCAACUUCAGCGUCGGGGAGCGGCAGCUCAUGUGCAUCGCCCGGGCCUUGCUCAAGCGGUCCCGGGUGAUCUUGAUGGACGAAGCCACGGCCUCCGUCGACCCAGACACGGACAGAUCCGUCCAGCGGAGCCUCCGCGAGGUGUUCUGCGACUGCACGUGCAUCACCAUCGCCCACCGCCUGCACACGAUCAUGGACAGCGACCGCAUUCUCGUCAUGGACCGAGGGUCGGCCGUCGAGUUCGAUUCGCCAAAGAACUUGCUCAAGCGACGAGCGAGUUUAUUUGCCUCGCUCGUGGCCCACACCCAAACGUCAUAGAUAUUAUAGCACUACUACAUACGCUUGAUGUGUGACACUGUACAUAUAUUAUAUAUAUAUCGUAAUUACUACAAAUAAUACAUGGUGCGUUCGUUCUAUUAAAUACUAGAUCCCUUACGACCGUUUGCCAGGGGAGGCCGCGUCGGGGUUGAUCUUGUGCUCCUUGAGCAGCAUUCGCAGCCGUUCAUUCUCUUUGGCCAGUCGGUCCAGUUGCUCUCGAAGUUGCUCCACUUCCCCUUCAAACGAUUUGUUGGCGGCCAGCAUCGCGUCGGACCUCUUCAUCAGCGCAUUAGCAUCCACCUCGGCCUGUUUGGCGCGGCUCAGGGCGCUGCCAAAACUCUCCUCUGACGUGGCAGCUUCUGGGGACGUCAGCGGGGUCGACUGGCUGGACCGAGGCGACGGCUCGUUCCAGUUGGACUCGUCUAACUUGGGUGGCAGCAUAAGUGGUUUGCGACCCACGACCAGCGGCACGUCCUCUUGUUCUCCUCGCUCCUCCAUCUUGGCCGCAAAGAGUGCCGCCGCUGCUUCUGCCCUUUCGUCUGCGGCUCUAGCGUUUGCAUCUGCUUCUCUCGCUUCGUUUCUCUUGGCCAUAAACGCUAGAUGCUGUUUGCGGUGGCGGAACCUCACUUGCACGGACACGAUAGCGUGCCUCAUCCGGCGAAGGUAGCUCUGCUCCAGCACCCGCCGCCCAAACGCUUGCAGGGUCACCGCCGCCCGCAGCUGCCGGCCAAACUUGCGCCGCGCCAGAAACCCGAGCACGACCUUUUGAACGAUCGUGGCCUGUUGGUACUCAAAGUCCGACUUGAGCGUCUCAAGCUCCUCGAGCACCCCCGCCUUGAAGUACACGAGCGACUUGCCCAUCUGGUACUCGACUGGCUUUUGGAAGCCCAUCUUGGCCAGCACCAUCGCACAUGUGUCGUCCACACUCUUUCCUUUUCCGACCAUCGACGGCGGAAACAUGAGCGCGUACCGCGUCGCCAGUUCUUUGGCCGACAGCCGGCUCGGGUACCCCGCUCGGGAGAUGCGGAUGGCGUCGAUGACGCCGGCAGACCGCAGCUGGGCCACGACCAUGGGCUUGUUAAAGUCUGUGGGGGACUUGACCGCGUUCGGUUUGAUACACCGGACGUAGUGGACGUUUGUCGCUUCGAUCGUGUCCAUGAGCUUGGAAAGAGAUGUCUUGAACUGCUGCCCCAGCGUUUUCGGAGGCACGGCCUUCCGUCGACCCCCAAACGCUUUGUCCACUGUAUCCUCUGGCUUUGUGCUAACCGGACUUCCUUUGCGCCGGAGGUUCCAUGCUUGGAUCACGGGCGGGACCACUGUUGGCUCCCUCGGGGACGAACUCCCCGAGCUGGACGUCGUGUCAUUGUCGUCGUCGCUCAAGAACAAAUCAACGACAAAUGCCAUCGAGCUAGUUUGCACCAGCGUGAGCAGAUCCGGCAGCAGCGCGUCCCGAUGUUUCUCCAUGAACCCAACCGUUUCGUAGGUGACGGCGCCGGCAUAAUGCUUGACAGUAAACUGCGUACGCUUGACCUUAGCAAACGCAAUCACGCCCGUGUCCUUGGCGUUCGUCCGGAACUUGUUGACCAGCGCCUCUUCCGUGCCCCGGGGCUGGCGAAGGUGGUCGUUCAUGAGGUUUAUGAUGCCCAUUUUGCCUUCAAUCACGUUCAAAAUGUCCUGGUUGUCUGCAAACUGAAUGUGGUCCCACGCCAGGCCUUCGCGCACGUACUCGUCUUGCACGGUCGAGAAGACGUCCUUGACGAACUUUUGCUGCAGCUUUUCGUUGGCAUAGUUGAUGCAAAACUGCUCAAACCCGUUGUGCUUGAAGUCCUCAAACCCAAAGAUGUCGAGCACGCCA